GUUCAGUUGCCUAGCUCCCUUCCUAGAAACCGAUACUAGCAACCUGGAGUGUAUACACAUCGUACCCGAAUACAUUCACGCCACUAUUCUUCGUACGUCCUUGAGAGUUGAGAGGGAGAGGGAGAGAGAGGCCCGCACGCACAAGCUAAUUUUCCUCCCCGCGUGUCUCUCGUCGCUCCGUUUCUUUCUUUCUCGUCCAGGCCAGGUGCUGUUGCCAUUCUGAACCUCCUCACCUACCUCCUCCUAUAUCUUCUCUUCCGUUGCGCUACAGAUAUACGAGCUCUCCCCUUCUUCUGUUAUUGCUGUUGCCAGUCUUCAUCCUCUCCUCUCUUUCUCUGUGGUUCAGCUGCACAGAGAAUUAACGUGGUUGAGGUCUCGAAGAGAUCGAUGGCAACCUUCAAUGAAGAGCACAGAGAUGCUCCGCAGAGGGAAGAGCCACCUUUGAAGAACAAUUAUGGAGGAAUUUCUGCCAAGAAGCCCCUCAUCAGUAAGGAUCACGAGCGUGCCUACUUCGAUUCCGCUGACUGGGUCCUUGGCAAGCAAAGCACAAGCAACAGCCCAAAAGGCCCUACUGAGCCACUGAAGCCUAAGAUGCAGCGUACAGCAUACCAUCAGCUCCCCCCAAGAAGGCCCGCGUCCAAAUCAGGCGGGACGGAAUAGCACGAACCAAUAUUUUGGCAUCUGUUCUCGCCGGAAUGAAGCUUUACCUAGGCGACCUCUCGAGAAAAGAGUGAACGGUACCCUGGAUCGCUCGUAGGGGUGAGAUAUGAUACUUGGAAGUGCCCCCCCUCGCAAGGAGGAGCCGGUUGGGAUGUAAAUAUGGAUGUUGCUAUACGUGUGUGGUUUUACAUGAAAUGGAAUAUCUAUCUCCCUGUCGUGCUCUCCUCUUUUUUGUUCGUCGGUAGAUUUGUGUUUGAUGUUCUACAUAAAGUUUCUGUUGGAAGUAGUGUGUGCCAUCUCUUUAACAUUAUACCACAAGUACGUGCUGUGUGGUACGAGGAAUGGGAAUCAUGCUGUGUGGCACGACGAAUGAAAAACCCGCGGUGUUGUA